GUUCGAAAACAAGACAUAUCCUCUUUCAUUGCCGCCAUCUUGAAUGGCGAAGCUCUUUCCGGUUCACCGUUGGUGGUGGUGAAUGUGGUGGUUGUUAAUUUGCUAAUAAUUUUAUAAAUAAUUGACAGAAAUUGCUGGUUGAAGGAUGGUGGACGAUUACGAUGAAAUACAAGCGGGGGCCAUCGCCGCGCCCCAAAUUGCGGAAAUGCCAGAGAUCAAAUUGUUUGGCAGGUGGAGUUGCGACGAUGUUCAAGUCCCAGAUAUGUCUUUGCAGGACUACAUCGCAGUAAAAGAGAAAAAUGCGAAAUAUUUACCUCACUCGGCAGGCCGUUACGCCGCAAAAAGGUUCCGCAAGGCUCAGUGCCCCAUUGUUGAAAGAUUGACCAAUUCUCUAAUGAUGCAUGGAAGAAACAACGGCAAAAAAUUAAUGGCCGUUCGCAUUGUCAAACAUGCGUUUGAAAUCAUCCACCUUUUAACUGGUGAAAACCCACUUGAAGUUUUGGUUACUGCUAUUAUUAAUUCUGGGCCCCGUGAAGACUCAACUCGUAUUGGAAGGGCAGGUACUGUUAGGAGGCAAGCCGUUGAUGUAUCUCCAUUGCGUAGGGUGAACCAAGCAAUUUGGUUGUUGUGCACUGGCGCAAGAGAAGCUGCAUUCCGUAACAUCAAAACGAUUGCUGAAUGUUUGGCUGAUGAACUCAUGAACGCGGCUAAGGGUUCAUCCAACUCGUAUGCUAUUAAGAAAAAGGAUGAGUUAGAACGUGUGGCUAAGUCUAAUCGUUAAUUGUAUUCAUACUAUUUGUUUGUCCUUUUGAUGCAUUGGGGCAAAUAAAGAAAACAUUUCUAA